CAUCGGAUUCUGACCUACCAGCUGGAAGGCAAGUCUGCCAUCUCCCACCAGGAGCUGGACCUGUUCAACAGAAGUCGAAGCAUCAUCCUUUUGCUAUCUGCUGAGCUAGACUGGUCUCAGUGGCAGGAGCUCACAAAUGAUGAUGAACCUGAUGCUUACCUUGCAGCUGUCAAGAAGGCAAUUUCAGAAGACUCGGGCUGUGACUCUGUGACUGAUACAGAAACAGAAGACGAGAAGAACCCAGUUUUCUCCCACAGACUUGUCAUGGGUGAAGACCAUGGAUCAUCCAAGAGCUCUGGGGACCAUCCAGUGGUGCAGCCUGACCGCAUACGGUGUGGGGUGCAGACAACAGUUUAUAUCAUCAUGAAAUGUAAACUAGAUGGCGAAGUAAAAACUGAAGUUGCAUUCUCUCCAGAGAACUCAUCCUCUGUGCGUGUGCUGGCUGAGGUGGAGAAUGAGUACACAAUCUCUGUGGAGGCUCCAAAUUUAACUUCUGGGACAGUGCCUGUGCAGAUAUACUCGGGGGAUUUGAUGGUGGGAGAGACAAGCGUCACCUAUCAUACUGACAUGGAGGAAAUCAGCAGUCUGUUGGCUAAUGCAGCCAACCCAGUACAGUUCAUGUGCCAGGCCUUUAAAAUUGUGCCAUACAGCAUAGAAGCACUGGACAAACUGUUGACUGAGUCACUCAAGAAGAACAUUCCUGCCAGUGGCUUACAUCUGUUUGGAAUCAACCAGCUGGAAGAAGAAGAUAUGACAACAAAUCAGAGGGAUGAGGAGCUGCCAACACUGCUUCACUUUUCUGCAAGAUACGGGCUGAAGAACCUCACUGCCUUGCUGCUCACAUGCCCUGGAGCUCUGCAGGCCUACAGUGUAGCCAACAAAUAUGGCCACUAUCCAAACACCAUAGCAGAAAAGCAUGGUUUUAAGGACCUCCGCCAAUUCAUUGAUGAAUAUGUGGAAACUGCAGAUAUGCUGAAGAGUCACAUUAAGGAAGAGCUGAUGCAAGGCGAGGAGGAUGAAGCUGUUUAUGAAUCCAUGGCUCAUCUGUCCACUGAUCUGUUAAUGAAAUGCUCCUUGAAUCCUGGCUCUGAUGAAGAGCUUUAUGAAUCCAUGGCUGGAUUUGUCCCUGGUGCCCCAGAAGAUCUUUAUGUAGAGAUGCUUCAGUCCAAACCAGACACUCCAGGUGCUGGAGAUGAAGUUUCUCUAACUACAAAAGACUCAAUGCUCCGCAAGUUUUUAGAAGGUGGUAGCACAGAUGUGCCAUAUUCAGAGGAAGGAGAUUACCAGAGUUAUGGUGAAGAUGUGUACUACUCAGUGGAAAAAGACACUCUUUUUUUUUUGGCUAGCAGACCUCCAGUUCCUGUUCCAAGACCAGAAUCCAGCUCUCCACAGCCAGACAAUGAACUAUACAUCUCCAAAAUUUUUGCACAGAAAGCUCAAAGACCUGAGAACCUCUAUGUCCCCAGAGGAAGGAUUAAGAGAGAGACGAUAGUCAGACCUGUAAGGGACCUGUCUCAAUCAAGCAUAUAUGAUCCAUUUGCUGGAAUGAAAACCCCAGGUCAACGACAGCUGAUUACAUUGCAGGAGCAAGUGAAAAUAGGAAUACUCACUGUUGAUGAAGCUGUACUUCAUUUUAAGGAGUGGCAACUGAACCAGAAAAAGAGAUCAGAAUCAUUUCGGUUCCAGCAGGAAAAUCUGAAACGGCUGCGUGACAGCAUAACCAGGAGGCAAAUGGAGAAGCAGAAAAAAGACAGAAGUGCAGAUUUGGAAAUUACAGUACCCAUUCGACAUUCUCAUAAUACUUUGGGGAAACCAGAAUGUGGAAUAUAUGAAUACACCCCCAGGAAAAAUGUUUUCCCACCAAAAAGGGAGAUAAAGCGAGGAGACUGGAAAACAGAAAGUACAUCCAGCACAACAAGUAGUGCCAGCAACCGCUCCAGCACUCGGAGCAUAUUGAGUGUCAGCAGUGGCAUGGAAGGGGACAGCGAGGACAAUGAAAUCACAGAAGCAACUAGAAGCCGCAGUCCAGUUGCCCACCAAGCAGAGAGGCUGCCUUUCCCAGAAAGGCCUCCCAGAGUGCCUCCUCGAGGUGCAAGCAGGCCUGUAAGCAGUGAGGGCUUUUAUCCUCCACCUGUGCCCCCAAGAGGUCGUUGAUUUUUCUCAACAUCUGUGGGAUAGGAGACUUUCUGUUUGUAUGUGUGUUUGUACAGACGUUUUUGGAUUGUCUUAAAUUAUUUAUAAG